UACCCUGGCCGCCGCACACACGUGCACUAUGGUUUAGUUACACUCCAGCAGUAGACGAUCUGAAUACCCAAGUGGUGAUAAACGUCUCUUGUUAUAGUGCAGCACACGUGCAUGGUGACCAAUUUCCUGGAAUCCCACAUCUUUAUCAGACUCGCUACACUGUUUCGUCAUCGAAAAUUCUUCAAGGUCGAUUAAUCUGCUGUAUUUGCCAUGGAGUCAGAAUUUGUUGACUUCGACGACGUGUUGCCCUACGUGGGAGAGUUCGGCACUUACCACUGGCUGUUGUUCUUCGGCCUCGCCCCGGCCUCCUUCAAUCUGGCUCUCAUAUACUUCGUGCAGUUCUUCAUCACUCUCACGCCCGACUACUGGUGUGCUGUGGAGGCCCUGCAGGACGCUGGUCUUGGUGCCGAGGAAAGACGCAACCUUAGUGCUGUCAUCGAGGUGAAUUCCCACGGUGAGGAGAAGAGGAGCCGCUGUAAAAUCUACGAUGUUGACUAUGAGACUUUGCUGAAGGCUGGUGUGAGGACAGCUAACAUCUCGUGGCCGUCUCGAGACUGUCAAGCAUGGGAGUACAACCUUACGGCAAUAGGAAACUAUCACAGCAUCGUGUCAGAGCUGGACUGGGUGUGUGACAAGGACUGGUAUGCAACGCUGGCCCAGUCCACGUUCUUUAUCGGGGCGGUGUUCGGUGGGCUGCUCUUCGGAUGGGCGGCGGACAGGUAUGGUCGGGUGCCCGCGAUGGUGGCCACAAACAUCUUGGCUGCGCUCGCCUCGCUGUUGACGGCACUCUCCACCUCCUUAGCAGACUUCCUUGCAUACAGGUUCCUGGCAGGCAUGACCUUCGACAACAUCUUCGUCAUGAUGUAUGUACUAGUAUUGGAGUAUGUUGGGCCUCUGCGGCGCACUCUAGUGGCCAAUCUUGCCAUCGCGCUCUUCUACAUGGGGGCCACCGUGGCGCUGCCGUGGCUGGCACUCUGGGUGGCUAACUGGCGCCUCCUCACUGCCCUUGCCUCCGUGCCUAUGAUAACAUCCUGCAUCGCUCAUUGGAUACUACCAGAGAGCGCUCGCUGGCUCAUGUCUCAAGGGCGGGUGGAGGAAACAAUCAAGAUUUUGAAGAAUAUUGCUAAUCUGAACGGUCGAAUCAUCCCUCCUAAUAUGGUGCAGGGCCUCAGGAGGACCGCUCGGCAGGAGUUGAAAGACACCAAAACCAAAGACCUCUCAGCGUCAAUCCUGGACCUCUUCAAGACUCCCAGGUUACGCCGCAUCACCAUCGCCGCCAGUGUCCUGUGGAUGUUACUGAGCAUUGUGUACGACGGCCACGCGAGGAACGUAGCUAAUCUUCCUAUGGACGUGUUCAAGGCCUUCACUAUUGCCUCGGCCACGGAGCUUCCCGCUGACCUCCUCCUUAUUGCCACCCUCGACCGCUGGGGGCGUCGCUGGCUGGCUUUCGGCACCCUUUUGUUCUCUGGGUUCUUCAGCAUACUCACUCUUGCCUUCCCAGGCGAUCCCUUGGCCGUGGCGAUGCUGGCGAUCAUAGGGAGGUUCUGCGUCAACAUCACCUACAACAUCGGCCUGCAGUACGCCGCCGAACUGCUCCCGACAGUGGUGCGGGCGCAGGGUGUCGCUGGCGUGCACAUCGCGGGUUAUGUGGCCGCUCUCCUGUCGCCAGUCAUCGUGUACAUGGGCUCGAUCAACAAGUUCAUCCCUCUGGUAGUCCUGGGCGUGGCUGCCGUGGCCGGGGGAUGCAUCGCCCUGCUGUUGCCGGAGACGCUGCACAGGGACUUACCUCAGACGCUAGCAGACGGAGAGCAGUUCGGCAAGGAUCAGAAAUUCUGUUACUUCCCUUGUAUCGCUGAGGACACGCAAUCCACACAACCCACACAUUCGCUAAGCCUUGGGCAGAUUGGACAGCAGCCGUCUUUCAUCCGCCACCGGUCCAGCCUAAGAGCUUCCCUGCGUGGCGAGACCUACCGCUCAUCCCUCAUCAGGCACCGCAGAGAGGUCAUCUACUUACCCAUACUGGACUGACAUACUCCCUUCUUGGUCCGCUCCCGCCCUCAAACUUAUGCAGAGACGGUCAGGGAUAUAGAAAACACACACAUGCACUUUGCAUCAUAGGUUUGUAUUCUGAAACACUUUCCUCUCUUACCACGACUAUCUUUAAAGGUUAGAAAGAUGAUUUGCCGGGUUCUCAGGAGUGUUUCUCUUGUUAAUAAUGUAGAAAUGUUGAUUUCCCACCAGAACUAUAUAAAUAUCCUUAAAAA